CCGUGCCCGCAGUCCCUCUUCACGCAUGCGCGGGUGGCGGUGGCAGAGGCGGAGUUGGAACGGUACGCGCGCGGUUGGCGGAAUGGUCUUGAACCAGGUACGGGCCGUUUUCUUUGAUCUGGACAACACGCUCAUCGACACGGCCGGGGCGAGUAGAAAAGGCAUGUUGGAGGUGAUAAAGCUCUUACAAUCAAAAUACCAUUACAAAGAAGAGGCUAAAACCAUCUGUGACAAAGUGCAAGUUAAACUCAGCAAGGAAUGUUUUCAUCCUUCCAGUACUUGCAUUACUGAUCUCAGGACUUUACAUUGGGAAGAAGCAAUCCAGGAAACGAAGGGUGGUGCAGCCAAUAGGAUAUUGGCUGAAGAAUGUUAUUUCCUGUGGAAAUCUACACGUUUACAGCAUAUGAUACUAGCAGAAGAUGUCAAAGCCAUGCUCACUGAACUUCGAAAGGAGGUCCGCCUACUUUUACUGACAAAUGGAGACUGCCAGACCCAAAGGGAGAAGAUUGAAGCUUGUGCCUGCCAGUCCUAUUUUGAUGCUAUUGUUGUAGGUGGAGAGCAGAAAGAAGAGAAACCAUCACCUUCCAUAUUUUAUUACUGCUGUAGUCUCCUUGGAGUACAGCCUGGGGACUGUGUGAUGGUUGGUGACACACUAGAAACUGAUAUACAAGGAGGUCUUAAUGCAGGGCUAAAAGCAACAGUCUGGAUAAAUAAAAAUGGAAUAAUGCCACUGAAGUCAUCCCCCAUGCCACAUUAUAUAAUUUCUUCUGUGCUAGAGUUACCUGCUGUCUUACAAAGUAUAGACUGCACAGUCAAUAUGUCAGCUUAAAGCACAUAAAAGGACAUGAUUAUGUAUUUUAGGGUAAAAUUACAGGGUUUGAACUAAGAAAAGUUAAGGCAUUCCAUAUAUUAUGACCCAGUUCUAAGAAUAAUUUUACUUAUGAUUCAGUGGCCAGCCAACCAUUGACUGGUAUUUAUAUCUGGAAAUCCAGAGUACAUUAAUUAAUACAAGUUAUUUUUAGUAGGAUAAUCCAGAAAACUUGAGGAAAUAUAUUAUUUGUUAAAUCUGUAACUUGAGCUUUUUAAAGAAUUAUUUUAUUAAUCUUUUAAUAUCUUGGAUCCAUGAAGAUACCAGGCAAGAUAGCUUAUACUGGAUUCACAAAUACAGGUUUUAUGUUCUGUCUUAAAAAUAGAUAUAUUUUAGGGGCGCCUGGAUGGCUCAGUCGGUUAAGUGUCUGAUUUCGGCCCAGGUCAUGAUCUCAUGGUUUGUGGGUUCAAGCCCCACGUUGGGUUCUUAGCUGACAGCUCAGAGCCUGGAGCCUGCUUCGGAUUCUGUCUCCCUCUCUCUCUGCCCCUCCCCGACUUGUGUUCUGUCUCUCUCUCAAAAAUAAACAUUAAUUAAAAGUAAAAAUUUUAAAAAAAAGAUAUAUUUUAAAAAUAGAUAUUCCAGAAAAGAUAUAUUAGAGAUUUAUUAGAAUAAUCAGAUCUGGUUAAUAGUGAAUAGUACUAAGUCACAUGCCAAUUAAGGUAUUCCGUAGUGAAAUUACUUUGCAUAUUUUUUUAAACAUAUGCCAUAUUUUUGCCUACUUUGAAUUACAUUCUUUUAUGAAUCUAAUUUUUCUGCAUGACCUUUUUCUGGGGGUUGGGGGGGGUACAAUUUUCCUAUGGCUUAUACACAACAGAUUCCUCCAGUAAAAAAAGCUGUUAAAAUCA